AUGGGACGAACUAGAUUUUCGGAAGCGGGGCCUCGACGACCUGGGAAAAACUCCAAGGCCGCAGCUGCAGCCUUUACUGCGAAGAAUGGGUUUGAUGGACUUCCAGAAGCUCCAUGGAGGAAGACACCAUCAAUAUUCAAGCAACCUGUCACUUUGGUCCACACAACUUCAAAGAGCACGCAGAGGAUUCCCGAGAAGAAGUGUAAUCAGAUACAGGAAAAGCUAGGAAAGCCUCAACAGGUUUGCUAUCUUUGUAAAUCAUGGUUUAUUAUUAGAUUUUCUGGGCAAAAAGACUGGAAGGAUUAAAGGCGAUGGUACCUGUUCAUUUCCCUUCGGGAAUAUACUAUACUCCGGAAGAUGAAGAAUACAUUGAACAACGGUUAAACUUGGCAAACAAGAUCGAAUGUGCUGUUAAUGUUUUAUCGGAAGGCGCGGCCACAGCUUCAUUUUGCUCCGCCUUACAUCUUUCUAAUGGCCUACCGAUCACUGGCAAUUCCAAAACGCCGGGAACGAACCCACUUGUCGGGAUCAAUCUAAAUCAGCCGUUUGUUACUGUAAGUGACGAUAGUAUAUUAAAAUAUUUUCAAUUUAGAUACCUGAGAUCUCAGAUCACGAUAUUCAAGUGCAAGAAAAAAGAGUGGUGGAUGCCAGGAAAAGGCUGCAGGAACUUCGAAAGAGUUUCUUAGCAUGA